AUGGUAAGAACUCGUGGUGCUUCCUCCAAGAAGACUCCUGUUUCUCAAUCCCGAAAGGUUCCAUCUCCUUUGCCUCCUCCGUCUGUGUCAACAGCGCCUCUUUCUGUUCCAGCAGCUGCGACAUCUGUUGGAAAGUCCUGCAAAUCCAAGGCAUGCAAGAAGGUGUUUUCGCUCUCUCAUGAACAUUCUAUGGUGUUUCCAGAUAUCUCUGCUGACAUUGUUGCACCACCAUCUGAAGUGGUGGUGCCCUCUCGAGCCAAGGACCAUUCUCCUCUUCCGUUUGAUUCGUCUUUGGAGGUUAGGGCAAAAUCGAAAUCCGUUUCCUCCUCUUCCAAAGCUGCUGCUACUGGGUUGCUCAAAUUGCCCUUGAAGCCGAGUCAGUCCAAGAAAAAUUCUGUGACUCCCAAAAGGAAAUUGGGGUUGGACGCAUCUCUUUCUCCCUUGUCUGCUGCCAAGAAAAAAUUGAAGGCUCAUCCCCCUUCACUGUCUUCCUCCGAAUCUAAUCCUGAGGAAGAAAAGUCAGAAUCUGAAGCAACCCAUGAUACCACAUUGUCUGAUGAAACAGUUCCUGACAAUGCAGAAUCAGAGGCUGAGUCUGAUGAGCCAGAAAAAGAAGACAUUGUCCCCUCUGAACAAGAAGCCGAAUCUGACUUAGACCACAUUGCAUCUCCUUUGACAUCCAAAGCUAAAGGGAAGAAACCUAUUUCUGGUUCUACACCUUCUCCAAAACAUUCAGGUUCUUUGGUUAAAUUUUCUGGUUUUGUGGAUAGAAUAGUCAAGGAAUUCUAUGCCAAUCUUACUAAUGAAAUUAUUGAACCUUCAUCUCCUCUGUAUAACAAAGUGUUUGUUAGGGGCCAUUGGUUCUCUUUUUCUCCUCAAGACAUUGCUCUUGCUUUGCAUCUUCCCCUUGAUGUCGAGGAUGAUGUUGAUGGUGCUUCUCUUGACAAGGACAUGGUUAUCACUGUGUUGGUAGGUCAAAAAAUGGUAUGGCCAUCUAAUACAGUCAUCUCAGUCUCCAAUCUCACCUACACUUAUGAUGUCCUCCAUAAGUUUGCCACAAUAAAUUGGAAGCCCACUUCCCACACGGCCACUAUCUCUUUUGAUAUGGCAUCAUUUUUGUACAAGGUGGGGACCGAUGUUGGUGUAAAUUUGGCUUUGGUUAUUCAUGAUCAAAUCAUUGGGUUUCGCAAAGGUAAUAGGAAAAACUUGAAUCUUCCUUUUCCUCAAGUUAUUUAUAAAGUGUUGAGUUUGCAGAAAAAAGAUCUCCAACGUGAUCAAGAAGACUUGGUGGCACCCACUACUGCUGCUUCCUACAAGGCCUCUGCCCCUCCUACUGAAGCCACUGCUGCUCCUUCCUCCAAGAAAGUCAAGCCCCAAUAUUCAGGACUUGUUGCAACAGAAAUAGCUGCUAUUCGAGCCUCUGUUGAUUCUUUGACUGCUCGAGUGAUGUCAAUUGAAGGACUGCAACGUUCUGUGUUGGAGGCUGUUCAAUCUCUGUCCAAAGAUCCAGUUGUUUAG